AUGACUGGAGAGGGAUGACGUGACGUAACUUGCUAAUAUAAAGCCAUGUGAGAGGUGAAGGGACACAUUGACUGCGCGGAAGGGACGUAAACACACGAGAUGAUCUGGACCGUUUUUCUGCUUGUCCAAGCUGUCCUGCUUUAUUUCAUUCUCAACAACAGAUCGAGAUCCAAGAAUGAUCCACCCCUAGACAAAGGAGUUAUCCCGUGGUUGGGCCAUGCACUUGAAUUUGGAAAAGAUGCUUCAAAGUUCUUGAGUCGAAUGAAGCAGAAACAUGGAGACAUUUUCACAGUGCGUGUUGCUGGCCGUUACGUGACGGUGCUGCUGGAUCCGCACUCGUACGACGCGGUCAUCAAUGACUCGGACUCCCUGGACUUCUCUCGCUACGCUCAGGUGCUCAUGGAGAGGAUCUUCAACCUGCGGCUCCCACAUCACCAGCCGGCUAAAGCCAAAGCUAUGAUGAUAAAGCACUUCCAGGGGAUGAAUUUGGGGGCCCUGAACAGUUCCGUGAGCAGUCACCUGCAGGCUUUGCUGAAAGCUGAGAUGCCUAAGAACCGGAAAGACUGGAAAGAGGAGGGACUGUUCAACUUCUCUUACAGCUUACUUUUCAAGGCGGGGUACCUGACGCUGUUCGGCGGAGAGCAGAAUAACAACAGCACAGAUCCCUCAAGUGUCUACGAGGAGUACAAGAAGUUUGAUGGACUCUUAACCAAAAUGGCGAGAGGAACGCUAAAGCCAGAGGAGAAGAGGACAGCCCAGAGUGUUCGCCAGAGGCUGUGGGAGCUCCUGGCUCCAGCAGGUCUGAAUGAGGACUCGGGGUCAAGCCCGUGGCUUCACGCCUACAGACUGCUCCUGCAGAAGGAGGGGGCUGACAAAGACACACAGAAGAAAGCUAUACUGAUGCAACUGUGGGCCACCCAGGGUAAUGUUGGUCCUGCUGCAUUUUGGCUGUUGGGCUACUUGUUGACGAAUCCUGAAGCUCUGACAGCAGUGAAGAGGGAGUUCAGCGGGAUCUCACUGAUGGAAACCUCCGAGACCUCAUUACUGGACAGACCUGUGCACACCCCUGUGUUUGAUAGCGUUUUGGAAGAGACACUUAGACUCACCGCUGCCCCCUUCAUCACCAGAGAGGUAGUGCAGGAAAAGACGCUCCACAUGGCUGACGGUCAAGAGUACCUGCUAAGGAAAGGAGACAGGGUGUGUUUGUUCCCCUUCAGCAGCCCUCAGAUGGACCCUGAGAUUCACGCAGAGCCACAGAAAUUCAAGUACGAUCGCUUCCUGAACGAAGAUGGAUCGGUGAAGAGAGAUUUUUAUAAAGGAGGGAGGCGGCUGAAAUAUUACACCAUGCCGUGGGGCGCAGGGACCAAUGGCUGUGUGGGGAAGCAGUUUGCCAUCAAUACCAUCAGACAGUUUGUUUACUUGGUGUUGACUAAGUACGAUUUGGAGCUGUGCGACCCAAAUGCUCAGAUGCCGGAGGUAAAUGCCAGUCGUUAUGGAUUUGGGAUGCUGCAGCCAAAGGAGGACUUGCUUGUCCGAUGCAAACCUAGGAAUACACACUAGGACUUGAAAAAAACAAGCACAUAUGUUUAAUGCACAUUUCAACACAUGCACAUUGUUUAUAGUGUCAAUAGGCCCUUUGUACUUUUGUAUUCCGUAUUUAUAAUAUACAGUAUAUAAUUAUUUUUGUUAUUUAUCAAUAAAUGUAAAUAUUGCAUCAU